AUGCCGUUUUAUCACUCGUCCGUGAGCUGCAAUUACGUGAUGACUGAACACAAGGAUGAGUUCUUGCGUAUCAGUAAGUAUCCAUGGGAUCUGAUACUUACGGAUUCGCUGUUCUCAACGAGUGGAUAUGGACUCGCACAACUUAGUCGAGCAAAUCAUGUAAUAAUGCAUACGACCAGUGUAGAAGCAGCGCCGGGCCUCGCUAAAGGAUUUGCCAGGUAA